AUGAGUUCCAUCUCGACAUUCAAAGAUGGCGCCUGGCACGGCAUGAUUGAAGCCGGAGCACAAUUCCCUCCAGAAAAAGGACGGUAUCAUAUGUAUAUUGGCCUCUUCUGCCCAUUCGCACACCGCGCAAAUUUAAUACGACACCUAAAAGGGCUGACCGAUAUAAUCGACAUCUCGAUUGUAAAACCCUACCCUAAAGGCGACGACAAAGGCUGGCCUGGCUGGAAAUUCCCUACCGACGACGAUCCAUACGAAGGCGCGACACCCGAUCAGCUAUUCGGCAGCAAAUACAUGCACGAGUUAUACUUUAAAGAAAAGAAGGAUUAUAAGCGGAGAUACAGCGUGCCAGUGAUAUGGGACAGAAAAACGAAUCAACUAGUCAAUAACGAAAGCUUGGAGAUCUUGCGUAACUUUAAUACGGGAUUCAACUCAAUUAUAUCGGGCGAGUACAAGCAACGCGACUUUUACCCAGAGCGUUUACGGAAGGAGAUUGAUGAGGUGGGACAAUGGAUGCAGGCGGACCUUAACACGGGAGUUUACAAAGCUGGCUUUGCUCCGGAUCAGCAGACAUAUGACAAGAAUGUGAUACCUGUGUUCCGAGCUUUAAAUCGACUAGAAGAGAUGCUGUCCCAGAAUCAUGGACCCCAUAUACUUGGUUCCGAGAUCACUGAGCUCGAUAUAAGACUCUUUCCUACCCUCAUAAGGUUCGAUACAGUAUAUGUCCAGCAUUUCAAAUGCAACCUUGGAACUAUACGCCACGACUACCCAUUAUUGAAUGAGUGGAUGAAGAAUAUGUAUUGGAACGUCCCUGGAUUCAAAGAGACGACCGACUUCAGACAUAUUAAGGAAAACUAUACUAAAAGCCACGGCGAUAUCAACCCAAAAGCAAUUACUCCCAUGGGACCAAUUCCAGACAUUGAAAGCGGCGUUGCGAAAGACUGGAAUAAGAUAAAGGCAGGUGGGGUCAAGUUACCC